AAAAAGCUCAAGGUUCGUCUGUGCUGUUCAGAUAAUUGUUGGUAAUAAGCUGGUGAAUUGUUGGAUAAGGCACAGUUUGGUGCAUUUUCCUCUGCUGUGAGGAAAAUGGAUAUGGAGAAGGGUCGUAGUCGGUCCAGGGGUAUGAGCACCCUGGAAAAGUUUCUGAUAUUUCUGUUUGUGGCCAUGACUGGCGUCUGCAUCGGCCUUGUGGUCAUCUACUUCACAGAGAAAGCUGACUCUUCUACUCAUGCAGAAGGGCAGGACUCAGGGUGUGGUGGUCCUCUGGAGCUGUCCGGAGACUCAGGCACCUUCACCAGCUUUAACUACCCUAGUAGCUACGACAAUGGAAAGAGUUGCACCUGGCACAUCACUGUGAAACCUGAAAAGGUGGUACAACUGUGGUUUGAAGAGUUUGCUUUGGAGGAAAACCAGCUCUGCACGUCCGACUUCAUCACACUGCGAGACUCUCUGGGAAUCAUUGGUAAAUACUGUGGCUACACAAAACCAAAGCCGCUGGUGUCACUUACAAACCGCCUGACAGUUCACUUCGACACCAAUGACAGAAAAACAGACCAAGGAUUCAAGGCUCAUUACAAAGCUGUUGCUCCAGAGCUCUCGCCAGAAAUAGCCGGAGCUGGUGGCUUUCUCCAAGGUGACCAGGGGGAACUGAUGACCCCCAGCUUUCCAGAGCAGAACUACAUGAAUGGAGCACUAUACCAGUGGAGAAUCACGGUGCCUGAAGGCGAGAGGGUUCGACUGACAUUUACUUCCUUUGACCUGGUCCCUGAGGUGUGUGGAGACUUUGUUCAGGUCUACGAUGGCCACACGGCCGGCUCUUCUUCAUUCAGUAAAUUCUGUGGCGGGAAGGUGCCAAAGCCAGUGGAGUCCAGUCGCAACACAAUGGUGGUCCGCUUCAAAUCCGACAACAGUUUGACUUCUAAAGGAUUCAGAGCAACUUACACCAAGUCCAGCCUUCCACCUGUUACUCCUUCCACAACAACAUCAACCCCACAGACAACACCCAGACCCACCACACAAACCUCUCCACCUCCCACAUCUUCUGGAGGUGGUGUUCCAAUAAUCCUUAAUGGGCGUAAAGGAGUGAUCCAGUCCUUGGGAUUCCCAAAUCCAUAUCCUGCUCAUCUACAAAUCUCCUGGAAGAUAUCUGUGCCCAAAGGAUUCCUGGUUAAACUGCAGAUCACUGACAUGGCCAUCACAGGAGAGACUGGACAAUGCAAGGAGGACAAACUGGUCAUCUCAGAUACUUACAGAACGUUAGGCACACACUGUGGCUACAUCCUUCCCCCAGUGGUGGUCAGUGCCAGUGACACAAUAUUUGUCACCUUCCAGUCCGACAGUCGCCUCACAGACAGAGGGUUCUCUGCCAGGUGGGAAGCUGUCUAUCCUGAGGAUAUUGCAGAAAUCCAGGGCUGUGGCAUGUCUUCCACAGAGGAAACGGGAGUUAUUAAGUCCCAGAACUGGCCUAUGAACUACAAAGCUAACAGCGAGUGCAUGUGGAACAUCGCUUUGCCUUUGGGGAAGAAAAUCACACUGUAUUUCACCCACUUUGACCUAGAAGCAAAAGACAUCUUCACAUCCAAAUGCUAUGAUAACAUAAAAGUGUACGAGAUCAAUAGUUUGACUAAUGCGCUGCUUCAAACGCACGGUCCAUUUUGUGGGACUAACCUGCCUCCUACCAUCCAGACGAGAGGCAGUAGGCUGGUGCUAAACUUCCAUACAGACUUGUUUACUGAGUCCAAAGGCUUCAGGGCCUACUGGACAACAAACCCCAGUUUGCCUGGUCCCACUGAGCCACCUGUUCAGCCCAAGCCCUGGGACAGCAUCCCCAUAGACUGGCCCAGUACAUGUGGGAAACCAGCCAUUCCUCCUGUCGUGUCGCGCAUUGUGAACGGAGAGGCUGCCACGCCACACUCCUGGCCCUGGCAAGUGUCCAUGCAAGUCUGGCCGGCCAGUCGUCCAGAACCAACAUUCUUCCAUACCUGUGGUGGUACUCUUAUUCAUAAGAACUGGGUACUUACAGCAGCCCACUGCUUUAUAAACUAUGCUGAUGAGCUGCAGCGCUGGCGCAUGUGCCUCGGCAAACACAACCUGACCUACACAGAGUCGAGUGAAUACUGCUUCAAUGUGUCUGGUAUCUAUCGCCAUGAGGGCUUCAAGUAUCCCACAGUGCCCACGGUGGAGUUUGACAUUGCCCUGGUCAGAUUGGACGGGGAGGUGAUGCCCAGUGAUGAGAUUUCGUACGCCUGCCUUCCCUCUGAAGAGGAAGUCCUACCUGCAGGCAGGAAGUGCUACGCCACCGGCUGGGGAGAUGAGACUGGUGAUUCAUUGAAUGCUAAAGUUGCAGAGGCCCUUAACCAGGUCGCCCUGCCUGUUGUGCCGUAUGAUACCUGCAAGAGGAUGGAUUAUUGGUGGUUCCAGGUCAAGACCUCCAUGAUCUGCUGUGGUUAUACCCUGCCUGAUGAGCUCAAGUCUGUGUGUCAGGGAGAUUCAGGUGGUCCUCUGGUGUGUCAGGAUAGCCCCAGUGGUUCCUGGGAAGUUCAUGGUAUAACCAGCUUUGGCCCUAUUGGAUGCAUUAUGAAUAAGAAGCCCUCCGUAUUCACCCGCUCCUCUGCCUACCUCCCCUGGAUCAAAAAUGUCAUCCGCAGAGACAUCUACAAUGAGCACACAUCAGGCUGCGGAGGGCCAAAGGACUUGACUGGCACAGGAGGCAUUGUGUCCUCUAUGGGUUACCCUGACAGCUACAACAACAAAGCCCACUGCCAGUGGAGCAUCCGGGCACCCCUUGGCAAACUGGUCCACCUCCAUUUCCACAAUUUCUCCCUGGAGGAGAGUCAGCUGUGCAUAAAUGAUAAAGUCCGGCUCACAGACAGAAUAGGAAAUCUAGGCACACAUUGCAGCCAUGUACCCCCAAAAGACCUGGUGAGUGAUGGAGACACUCUUCACAUCAGCUUCUCCUCCAAUGACAAGGUGGUGGACACAGGCUUUACUGCCACCUGGAGGGCAGUGGACUCUACAGAGGCUCCAUGUGGAGGAAGCUUCAGCAGUGCUCAGGGUGAAAUCACCUCUCCCAAUUGGCCCAAUGACUACCAAGCCCAGUCUGUGUGUACAUGGCGUAUCACCAUUCCUUUAGCAAAAAGUGUCCAUAUAGGCUUUACUCACUUUGAGCUGCAAGCUGCAAACAUGUUUGGAAACUGUGUGGACUACAUUGAAAUCUUACAUGGAGAAAGCAUGGCAUCACUAGGUCGAUUCUGCGGCUUCGCCCCUCCACCCAACAUUACCAUCCCUAGCAACACAGUAGUCAUUCGCUUCCUUAGUAACGGAGCCAAUCAACAGAUGGGUUUUCGUGGUUAUUGGACCACUGAUGCCAGUGUUAUCCCAACUUUACCUCCUCCACCUCCUAACCCAUGGGACAAAGUCACUAUCAACUGGCCGGUAAAUUGUGGAAACCCAGCAGUGACACCCAAUACAGCCACCCCAAGGGUGGUUAAUGGGGAGGAGGCGAUCCCCCACUCCUGGCCCUGGCAAGUCUCCAUGCAGGCUUCACCAUUGUUUCCCAUACCUUACAUGCACGGCUGUGGAGGGUCUUUGAUUCACAAAGAUUGGAUUCUAACUGCUGCCCACUGUUUCAUGUUCCCACUGAAUAACCCCUCUUUCUGGCGCAUGUGUUUGGGGAAGCACCACAUGAACUCCUCCAUGGACAUUCCCUCGGCAGAGAAAUGCUACAAGGUGGAUGGUAUCAUCCGCCACGAGGGGUUUGUUUACGAGCAGGAUCGCACUGACAUCACCAAUGACAUAGCGUUGGUACAUUUGGCCGAGCCUGUCAAUAUGACAAGGGAGAUCAGCCCCAUCUGUCUGCCCACACCUGGAGCUGUGAUGGCUGCUGGGACACCUUGCUUUGUCACCGGCUGGGGAGACGAGAAAGGUAACCUGUUUCCCCAAGUGUCGAAGAAGCUAAAUCAGGCAGCUCUUCCUAUUGUUGACUUCCAGACCUGCAGUAAGCCUGCCUACUGGUGGGACACACUCAGACCCUCUAUGAUCUGUGCUGGCUAUGAGUCCCCAGAUGAGCUUAAGUCAGCCUGCCAGGGUGACUCCGGAGGUCCUUUCACCUGUGCGGAUACCUCUGGGAUAAACACAACCUGGGAGGUGCAUGGGGUCGUCAGCUUUGGACCGCAGGGGUGCAUCAAAGACAAGAAACCCUCAGUGUUCACCCGCGUCUCUGCCUUCAGUGACUGGAUCAAUGACAACGUCAAGAAAUUUAUGUAUGAAAGUGGCAAAACCAACUAAAGCUCAUACCCUAAAAAUAAAUAUUUUGACAGUGA